AUGUCCUCCAACUUUUGGAUGCGUCAGUUAGCUUUCCUCUGUGGAUCAGUCGUCGGAUAUCUUUUUUGUGCUCAGUUCUUUACCAUUUUGUUAGAAGAACACAGUGGCAUUGACCCUAUGGCUCCUAAUUAUUCCACUAAGACUCAUUUAGAUGGUACCAGAGAGAAUGGUCGGAAAGGAUCGGUGAUGUCGAAAGUGUAUACUGGCUAUGAGGACACAGACAUGGCUGCAAAACUCUACCAGAAGGUGAAGAUUCUUUGCUGGAUAAUGACGGGACCACAAAAUCUGCAGGUAAGAGCCAAGCACAUUAGAGCCACAUGGGCCCAGCGUUGUAACAAAGCACUGUUUAUGAGCUCGGAAGACAACGCAGACUUCCCUGCUGUGGGAUUAAAAACUGAAGAAGGCAGAAAUCAUUUGUCCCAGAAAACAUUAAAGGCCUUUUUGUAUGUUCAUGACCACCACCUAGAAGAUGCAGAUUGGUUCAUGAAAGCAGAUGAUGAUACAUAUGUUAUAGUAGACAACCUGAGAUGGCUUCUGGCAAAUCAGGACCCAGAGCAACCUGUAUACUUUGGGAGAAGAUUUAAGCCCUAUGUAGAUGAGGGCUACAUGAGUGGUGGGGCAGGCUAUGUGCUGAGCAAGGAGGCCUUGAGGAGAGUGGUGCGUAUGAUAAAGAGGAAUGGAUGUGAACCUUUUACUGCCUUUGAAGACAUCAUUCUGGGACAGUGCUUACAAACAGUCAACGUGAAGCCAGGCGAUUCCAGAGACCCCACUGGGAAAGAAACUUUCCAUCCCUUUUUGCCAGAAAAUCACUUAAUUCCAGGUUUUCACUCCAAAUCUUUUUGGUACUACAAAUAUAAUUAUUACCCUCCCAUAUAUGGGCCCAACUGCUGUUCUGAUUUUGCAGUUUCUUUUCACUAUGCAAAUGCUAUAGCCAUAUAUGAGUUGGAAUACCUAGUUUAUCAUCUCCGGCCAUAUGGUUAUGCAUACAGAUAUCAGCCCACCUUACCUGCAAAUCGACCAGAGAAAAGAAACAAAGCAAAGCAAAAUGAAGAUGUAAAAGAUUAACUCGGGAAGUACUUGAGAUGUAUGCAAGAGCUAAGGUGGAGUGACUAA